CGAGUUGUUACAGUAUUUGAGAUAUUUAAAACCGAGUUAAAAAUAUACUGGUUUCCCGAACGCUUUGACAUAUUAAUGAAUUAAAAAUACAUCACGACCGAGUCCAUUGAAUAUAAUAAUUUUUCAUAUAAACAAAGGGAGAAAGCGUAGAUGUCUAACGAAUGCAAAAUAUAUUGUAAUUAAACCGAAGUAAAACAAUAGUUUAUGCAUAAUUUAACAAUAUACUUAUUGUUGUAUCCAUAUUUAUUGCUAGCUUGGUAUUUGUUCUUGCCGUUAUUAUUCGCAGCACGAAUCAUUAAUUUGCGGAAUGGCUACAAAUCAGAAAGAAGUUUUGACUGAUGUCGAGUUGUUAGAAAGAGAAUUUAAUUCUAUCGAGAGCCGUCUUGUUUCCGAAAUAAAGAAAAUAGAAGAAGAGAUGGUUCGAUUCAGAAAAAGCAUGGGCACUUACGAGCCCUUAUUCUCUUCGGAUUCUGAAAACGAACAAGUCAAAACUAAGGAGAAAUCUUUGUCGGGACCUUUUAUUAUGGAAGAUCUUUCUAAAGGAAGAAAUCUGGAUGUUCGCUUCGAUGUUAAAGAUUAUUCUGCGGAUGAGGUUUUGAUAAACAUCGAAGAUGAUCGAUUGAUAGUUCAUGCAAAGUCAAACGACUCGGACAAAGAAUUCAAAUAUCAAGUGAGUCUUCCAAAAGACACCAAACUCGAACAACUAAAGCGCUUCUGGUCUGCUGAUGGAAUAUUGUCCAUUGAAGGAUUUCUUCCCGCUGCUCUCAGAGCUUAAACAAAAAUAAAUAUAUUAUAAAUUUGAUUUUUAAUUUCGAACGAGUAAACAAAAUUUCUGUUGACUUUUAAGUAAUUUAUUUAAAACAAAAUUUAAUAAAAUUCAGAAGUAAAAACAAUUCUGGAAUAAUUUGAAUUA